AUGGCUGACACCGGCGGCGAAUCCAAGAUGCCUGCGAUCCCGGGCCAUGACCCUAAAUCCUCGGCCGACUAUAUCCAGUUCAACUGUCUUCCACCGGGGGGGCCCCUGAACAGAUGGUCUACCACCUUGACCAGAGAGCACGACUUUCCCGGAGCCCAGGCAAUGCUGUACGGCGCUGGUGUGCCCGACGAAAAGACCAUGAAGAAUGCGCCGCAGGUUGGCAUCGCUAGUGUCUGGUGGGAGGGCAAUCCGUGCAAUACGCACCUGCUCGAAUUCGGAAAAAUCGUCAAAAACGCCGUCGAGCGGGAGGGCAUGUUGGGCUGGCAGUUCAACACCGUCGGCGUAUCUGACGCCAUCACCAUGGGCGGAGACGGCAUGAGAUUCUCUCUUCAGACCCGAGAGCUUAUAGCCGACUCCAUCGAGUCCGUCACAUCAGCCCAGCACCACGACGCCAACAUCGCCAUCCCGGGCUGCGACAAGAACAUGCCCGGCGUAGUCAUGGCCGCGGCCCGCCACAACAGGCCGUUCAUCAUGAUAUACGGAGGAACGAUCCGCAAGGGCCACUCGGCCCUCCUCGGGCGCAAUGUCAACAUCAGCACCUGCUACGAAGCCGCCGGCGCCCACGCCUAUGGCCGCCUGCAGGCCGAGACGGACGCCGGCAAGCACGGCCGACAGAGCACAGACGUCUUGUCCGAUAUUGAGAGACACGCCUGCCCGGGCGCCGGCGCCUGCGGCGGCAUGUACACGGCCAACACCAUGGCCACCGCCAUCGAGGCCAUGGGCCUCACGCUGCCCGGCUCGUCGUCGUACCCGGCCACGUCGCCCGAGAAGAGCCGCGAGUGCGAACGAGCCGGCCGAGUCAUCAAGACCACGAUGCAACGCGACAUCCGGCCCCGCGACCUGCUCACCCGCGCGGCCUUCGAAAACGCCCUGGUGCUCACCAUGAUCCUGGGCGGCUCGACCAACGGCGUACUGCACUUCCUCGCCAUGGCCAACACGGCCGGCGUGCCCCUCACCAUCGACGACGUCCAGCGCGCGAGCGACCGCACGCCGUUCCUGGCCGACCUCGCCCCCAGCGGGAAAUACCUCAUGGAGGACAUCUACAAAGUCGGCGGCACACCGUCCGUCCUGAAAAUGCUCAUCGCCAAGGGUCUCAUCGACGGGUCCAUCAUGACCGUCACCGGCGACACCCUCGCCGAAAACGUGUCGUCGUGGCCGUCCCUCGACCCCGGCCAGCAAAUCAUCCGGCCCCUCGACGACCCCAUCAAGCCCACGGGCCACAUCCGCAUCCUGCGAGGCAACAUGGCCCCCGGGGGAGCCGUCGCCAAGAUCACCGGCAAGGAGGGCCUCUCCUUCUCGGGAAGAGCAAGGGUAUACGACUGCGAGCGCGACCUCAACGCCGCCCUGUCGAGCGGCAACAUCAGCCACCAGGACGGCAACCUGGUCCUCGUCGUGCGCUACGAGGGCCCCAAGGGCGGGCCCGGCAUGCCGGAGCAACUGCGCGCCAGCGCGGCCAUCAUGGGCGCCGGCCUCACCACCGUCGCCCUCGUCACCGACGGCCGGUACAGCGGCGCCUCCCACGGGUUCAUCGUCGGCCACGUCGUCCCCGAGGCCGCCGUCGGGGGGCCGAUCGCCCUCGUCAGGGACGGCGACCAGGUCACCAUUGACGCCGUCAAGAACCGCAUCGACAUGGCAGUGUCGGACGAGGAAAUGGCCCUCAGGAGAGCGUCCUGGAAGCCGCCCCCUCCACGUGUCAGGAGGGGCGUCUUGGCAAAGUACGCCAAGCUCGUGGGCGACGCGAGCCACGGUGCCGUGACGGACGGGUGGUAG